AUGUCGACGUCUGACACAGCUUCACCAUGGCACGGUGAGCUCCGUGUACAGAUCGUUGAGCCAAGGAAGGAGUCUCCUAGGUCUACGCAUGUCCCAGAGGAGGAGGUACCUUCAACAAGUGGGCGGUCGAAUACAUUCGUUUCCUAUGGCGUUCGAGCCGAGACGACGUUACCCCACUUUGCCUCCUCCUACAUGGUCACCCGCAAACGGUUCCAGGACUUUGUGUUCCUGCGCAAUGCGCUUAUCAAAGACUUUCCUGCAUGUGUCGUACCCCCGCUUCCAGACAAGCAUCGUAUGGGUUACUUGACGGGCGAACGGUUCAGUCCCGAGUUCAUUCAGCGCCGAAGUAUGGAGCUACAACUAUUUCUUGAGCGCGUAUGCCGGCAUCCUGUCCUGCAACGUGCACAGAUCUUGCAGCACUUCUUGGAGUCUAGUGAAUGGCACAUUGACAUGCACAAACGCACAGGCGAUGCAAUCGUCUCUACUUCCGUCUCGGAGACGUCACUUCCGCCGUCAGUGCCACAUGGACUGCUCGAUUCUAUGGGAGACAUGCUUGUGAACGCGUUCACGCGCGUUCGAAAGCCUGACCCCAAGUCGUCGGAGAUCCAAGCGGCGCUGCAGUCGGAAGAGGAAACCAUUGGACACUUGGAGCGGCUGCUCUUGCGCAACCGUACACACACAUCUGAUCCCGAUGACUCAUGCCAACGUGAAGUGGCCGCGUUUGACGAAUUGUACGCGACACAUAUUGGUGCUUCUUCUGAAGAUUUGUCCACGGAUUAUCGAGAUUUGUCUACAUCACUUGAACAGCUGGCUGUGCUGGAAAGCGGCAUGGCGAAGGCUUUGCAGGGUACGGCUCAUGCCCUCAGCGAGUUUGCCGAGUUGGAAACGCGUUUCACGACACGCGCCACCGAUGAUUUCCUUACCUACUUGCAUGCACGUCACGGGUUUGUGCAAACGCACAAGGCUCUGCUGAAACAGCAAGAUGCCAAGCAGUUGGACUUUGAGGGGCUCACCGACUACCUCCAUGCGGCGAUCACCGAACGAGAGCGCUUGGCCGGUCUGGGUGCGAACGCAGGCACGCCUGCUUUUGGGACUGUACGUGGGACUGGCUUGCGCGGUUAUAUGCGCUCAGCCGUAGAUCGUGUGUGGGGCGUGGAUGAAGAGCAAGCACGUAUUGAGCGUAUGGAGCGAUUGGAUGAUCGUAUUGCUGAGCUCCGUGACGCUGUGACCACGUCUCACAAGCAUGCACAGGCGUUUGGCUCGCAUGUGGAGCAGGAGCACCACAUCUUUGAUCUGGGCCGACGUCGUGAAGUGGCGCAUAUGUUGACCACGUAUAUUGAUGGCCACAUGGAGAUGUACGAGCAGGGCAUCUCUAUAUGGGACGAUCUCAUUGCGACCCUCGAAACGGCGCCUGCCGCCCCGUCUUCUGCGGGGCAGGAGGCCGAUGACUCACGUGGGUCGUCGACGAUACCUUUGUAG